CAGCCCUUUACUUGAGGAAGGAAAGCAUUGGGCCAUUCGCAACAUGUUGUUGCCCAACGAUCUGAAAAAAGAAAGAAAGGAAAAAGGGCGUGCUGUAGGACUUGACCAAGAAUGUAACAAUGGUGGUGGAGGAGGAGUAUACCAAGGAAUCCAAUUUUGUUCAAAGCUUGUUCAUGGAGUUUACUGGGCAGCAAUAAGUGGGUGUACGUUACGACUAGCAGUUUCCGUGACGAGAGCAAUGAUGGAGGGCACGUGCACCGACGGCAUUAGUGGUGGGACCCACAAGGAAGGAGCACACACCAGCACUCUGUUCCAC